AUGCCACAAGUCGAUUUGGAAACCCUAGUAUCGGCGUGUGCGGGCGGCUCAAUGGAUCGAAAAAUUGCCUGUGAGACGCAGGCCGACGCCAUCACCGGAGUCCAAGACCCGCCCGAGGAGGACGACGCCGACGAACAGGCGGUGCCGCCGGAUUUCCCUCCGGAAUCCUUCUGGCUCUCGAAAGACGCCGAGUACGAUUGGUUCGAUCGUAACGCCUUCUACGAGCGCAAAGACUCCACGAAAGGAAACUCCAACUCCAAUAACUUGAAUCCGAAUGCGAAUCACUCCAAUUCCAACUCUCAGAGGUUUUCACUGAACUUGAAGUCCAAGGCUGCGAUUAUCGGCCUACCGAAGCCGCAGAAGCACAACUACGUCGACACUAAGAAUCGGAGGAAUUGCAAGGCAGGAAACACUAGAUUGUUUCCCAAACGCUCCGGAUCGGUCGGGAAAUCGGACGCUCCGAUGAUCGAACCGUCGUCUCCGAAGGUCUCGUGUAUGGGAAGGGUGAGAUCAAAGAGGGAUCGGAAGCGCCGGUUUCGGAAUCGGCAGAGGUCGUCGGCCGAGUCUACUAUGGAGAAGGCUAUCAAGCCGGUGGAGAGACGAAAAACCGGCUUCUUCGCGAGUUUUCGGGCGAUGUUUCGGCACGGCCACAGAGACAAGUCGGCCAAGUCGCCCUACGCGGCGGCGGACUCGCCUCCGAGACACAGCAGCGUGAUGUCAGGGAGAGCGCGUGACCGGUCGGCGGCUUACGAUUUCGACACGCUGUCCAUCGACUCGCUUCCGAGACAAAGCGUGGAGAGCGAACCACCCGGUUUGGGCGGCAUGAAGCGCUUCGUUUCGGGUCGGAGGUCCGGGUCGUGGGUGGGCGAAGCCGGUAUCGACGUGGCGUAA